CUCCCCAGUCACCUUGAGUCAUCAGUCCUGGGGCUGCUGGCUGGCUUGCCUAGGGGAGAGGGAGUGGGGCUGGGUCUUCCCACCCUGGGUCCUUUCCUCCCUCUCCACUCCAUUUAGCUGUAAAGCUCAAUUAAGUGUGAUUAGCUAAGAAGGGUUUCUGCCGAAUUACAGGACGCCCCACCCCUGUCUUCCUGGUCCCCUUCCCUCAACCCGGAAACUGGAUGCGCCAGGACAGAGAGAGUUAAGAGCUUCUUUGUCAGUGGUCUGUCUGCAGCAACAGACAGAAGGAAGGGGACAGGUUGAGCAACAUGACAGGUGGCUGAGGAGCCAGGUGCAGAGUGGGAGAGUUGGCUGGUGGAGCGGCCAGCAGAUGAGAGCACAGGCAGGUAGGUGGACAGAGGGAUAGCAGUGACUCGGGCCGAACCGUCACAGCCACGACAGCCACGACAGCCACGUAGAGGACCGGCAGACAAAGAGACCAGGUGAGAAGGAGACUUCGGAGGUGACCCAUCAUGGGGGCCAGCAUCUUUUUGCUCCUGUGUGUUCUUGGGCUCAGCCAGGCAACCACAUCGAAGAUUUACAAUGGCACCGAGUGUGGGCGUAACUCCCAGCCGUGGCAGGUGGGGCUGUUUGAGGGCACCAGACUGCACUGCGGGGGUGUCCUUAUUGACCGCAGGUGGGUCCUCACAGCGGCUCACUGCAGUGGCAGGUACUGGGUGCGCCUGGGGGAGCACAGCCUCAGCAAGCUCGACUGGACCGAGCAGAUCCGGCGCAGCAGCUUCUCCGUGACCUACCCCGGCUACCAGGGAGCCUCGAGAAACCACGAGCACGACCUCCGGCUUUUGCGGCUGGGCCUGCCUGCCCGCAUAACGAGCAGUGUUCAGCCUCUGCCCCUGCCCAGUGACUGUGCAACCACCGGCACCAGGUGCCACGUCUCGGGCUGGGGCAUCACCAACCACCCAUGGAACCCAUUCCCGGAUCUGCUCCAGUGCCUCAACCUCUCCAUCGUCUCCCAUGCCACCUGCAGUGACGUGUACCCUGGGAGAAUCACGAGCAACAUGGUGUGUGCAGGUGGUGUGAAGGGGCAGGACGCCUGCCAGGGGGACUCUGGAGGCCCCCUGGUGUGUGGCGGAGUCCUUCAAGGUCUGGUGUCCUGGGGGUCUGUGGGGCCUUGUGGACAAGAUGGCAUCCCUGGAGUCUACACCUAUGUGUGCAAGUAUGUGGACUGGAUCCGGAUGAUCAUGAGGACCAACUGACCUGUAUCCUCCACCUGCACCCCUUGGCUUGGGUGCCACUCCAACCCUCAGAGCACCAAUACCUCCUCCUUCAUUUCCCCCAGCUCCACUCUUGUUGGCCUGGGGAACUUCUUGGAACUUUAACUCCUACCAGCCCUUCUGAGACCCAUGAGUGGGGUGAGAGAAGUGUGCAACGGUCUGGAAUAAAUACAAAUGAAGGAG